AUGACUUCCGGUACCCCUUCACUAUCCUCCGGAACAGUUGCGAAUGAUACAACCGUGGAAUCACAACAGCAAACUCGCACCUUGUACCAACGCGUGUCAGUUGUCUUUGGUCAACGGCAGAUGGAUACCAAGGAUCUUCUCAGCCAAAAAUAUCCAGGAAGUGGCACCAAAGAAUCUCCAUAUGUCAUCACAUUCCAACCCAACGAUCCUGAAAACGCUAUGACAUUCCCCAAAUGGAAGAAAUGGUUCUUUACCGGCCUUCAGGCUAUUGCAACUCUUGCCACGACCUUUGCCAGUUCAGCUUACUCAGGAGGGAUGAAGCAAGUGAUACGAUACUUCAAUGUGUCUUCAGAGGUUGCCACACUCGGUAUAUCGCUAUAUGUUCUUGGCUUCGCACUAGGACCCCUGGUCUGGGCUCCUCUGUCCGAAGAAUUUGGUCGACGAAAGAUAUUCUUUGUCAGUUUUAUGGCUGGAACAGCAUUCGCCGCCGGGGCUGCCGGGGCGGAUUCCAUCGCGGCGUUGCUGGUUCUUCGCUUUCUGACUGGAUCCAUCGGGUCGGCACCUCUUUCCAACGCACCGGCUGUGAUUGCGGAUAUGUUUGAAAAGUCAGAACGCGGUAUGGCAAUGUGCCCCAUCAUAGGCGGCUUCUUGGCUCAAACUGAGGGCUGGCGCUGGCUUCUUGGACUAAUGGCGAUAUUCACCGGCACUAUAUGGAUCGUUGCAUCACUUAUCAUUCCAGAGACUUAUGCACCCUAUAUCCUCAGAAAGCGAGCUCAAAGACUAUCAAAAACUACAGGGAAAGUAUACAUCUCAGGUUAUGAUGCAGAUAGACCAGCGAGGUCCGCAGCUCACCACCUCAAAGCGACUUUGACAAGGCCGUGGGUACUUUUGUUCAAAGAACCUAUCAUCUUAAUCUUAUCUAUCUACAUCUCCAUUAUUUAUGGCACCAUGUACAUGUGUUUUGCAGCAUUUCCCAUCGUUUUCCAAGGCGGAAGAGGCUGGAAUCAAGGUGUUGGCGGACUUGCGUUUCUUGGAAUCGUUGUUGGAGUUGCACUGGCCAUCUUAACCUUUGUGUACGAAGACAAGCGAUAUGCCAAGGCAGGUCGUACCAGAGGUGCUCCGUUGGAACCCGAAGAUAGACUACCACCCGCAAUGGUGGGCUCUGUUCUUAUCCCUGUGGGCUUGUUUUGGUUUGCGUGGACUAGUUUUGAUAGCAUCCACUGGAUUGUCCCCAUCAUUGGUACUGUCUUCUUCGCCUGGGGUCUUGUGUUGGUCUUCAUGGCAUUACUCAACUACCUUAUCGAUUCAUAUGUUGUCUUCGCUGCGUCCGUCAUGGCAGCCAACUCAGUCAUUCGAUCCCUUUUCGGCGCUGCCUUUCCCUUGUUUACAAAGCAGAUGUACCAGAAUCUCGGUAUUCACUGGGCAAGCUCCGUGCCGGCAUUCCUGGCAUUGGCAUGUGUACCUUUUCCGUUCUUGUUCUUCAAAUAUGGGCGAAAAAUACGGAUGAAAUGUGAAUAUGCCGCCGAAGCAGCCGCCGUCCUCGAAAAGAUUAGGACACAGGAUGCUGCAAUUACUGAAGAAGAUGCUAUGGAGGAGGCUGAGGAAAUGUGGAGAGCUAGCAGACAUAACAGUCGUGCCAGCAGAGUAUAG